AUGUCGCAACCUGGUGCGGCGUCUCAAAGUCGCCAGGGUGGGCGUACUCAGUCUCGGUCUCCUAUAUCGCGACCAACAACGCCGCUUCGAGCAUCAUCUCGGUCAUCGUUCAGGACCUCUCAAAGUAACGCCUUUGCAGGGCCAUCUCCUCUGGACGCCCUUGAGCCUCAAUUUGCAGAACUUAGCGACUCAGUUGCAGACUUAGAAGCCAACCUGAUGCAUCUUCAAUUGAUGCACGAAAGUCUGAGCAGAUUCGGGGAAAGCUUUGCCAGUUUUCUGUACGGCUUGAACAUGAAUGCCUUUGUGGUGGACUUUCCUGAAGCACCCAUCUCAGAAUCCAUUAAGCGCUACCAGAAACGUCAGGGACAAGGCAAUAUGGACGAAACAACCACUUUGCAGAACAACUCUGGAGAAGGAAGAACUGGAGACAUGGAUGCAACAUUCAUGACUGCAGAUGCAAGCUUCACAAGUCUGAAAGCAACUCCACGUCGUAAGACAAUCGCACCUUCAGUCACACCAAGCACAACAUCAACAAUGAAACAAAGCAAUCCGAGCAGUCGCGGAGGAAAUGCAGGCAGGGCAAGCAGAGGUACUGGUCGCGCAGGAAGAGCCAGUGGUUUACCACGGGGUAGAGGAAGAGGAGCCAGAUAA